CAGUACUCUCUUGACUCCGUCAUGACUCUGGGUUAACUAGCUGUACACUGAGUACCCUCACAGCCUGCUCACCAUGGUGGCACGUUUCUCCACUUAGCUAUGAACAAUUAAAGUAAAGAGCGACUUAGAAAUACUUUGCGGGUGACUAUGGACGCACAUAUAUCAUCAAACCACUCAAUAACAGAGCGGUAAUAACACCAGUGUGUUCACCAGCUGUUGAAGUUAGCUUGGAAGCUAAUGUCAACACAGAUUAGCUAACUAGCAAACUGUGCUGUGGAUGUCACCUGUAGUUAGACUUACUAAACACAACCAGCUGAACAACAGGAGCUACCACAGGAGCUGUCACCAUGAGGAUCUUAAGGUUUCUGAGGAGCAGCGUGUCCAUAGGGAAGGACAUUGACUAUUACUCCAAGUUUUCACCCUCUCCUCUGUCAAUGAAGCAGUUUCUGGAUUUUGGCUCAGAAAAUGCAUGUGAGAAAACGUCCUUCGCCUUCCUCAGACAGGAGUUACCUGUGAGGUUGGCGAACAUCAUGAAAGAGAUCAACUUGUUGCCAGACAACUUACUGAGGACUCCAUCGGUGCGGUUGGUCCAGGGCUGGUACGUGCAAAGUCUUGAGGAGAUUCUCGAGUUCAAAGAUAAAAAUGCAGAUGAUGAGAAAAUCACAUAUGAUUUCACAGAUGCAGUGAUAAAGAUCAGAAAUCGGCACAAUGACGUCAUUCCCACCAUGGCUCAGGGAGUUGUGGAGUACAAGGAGACCUACGGCACGGACCCGGUCGUCAGCCAAAACGUUCAGUAUUUUCUAGAUCGUUUCUACAUGAGCAGGAUAUCCAUCAGGAUGCUGCUCAACCAGCACACUCUCCUCUUCGGUGGGAAGGUGAAGGUGAACCCAGCUCAUCCCAAACAGAUCGGUAGUAUUGAUCCAAACUGUCGGGUCAGCGACGUCAUCAGAGACGCCUACGAAAAUGCACGAAACCUUUGUGACCGGUACUACAUGAGCUCUCCUGAGCUGGUGCUGGAGGAAUUCAACGUCCAACACAGCACUGUGGUCUAUGUCCCGUCUCAUUUGUAUCAUAUGGUGUUUGAACUUUUUAAGAACGCCAUGCGGGCCACCAUGGAGUUAUACGGCGAUGCCAUGGAUUAUCCUCCUGUCCAUGCACAGGUCGCUCUGGGAACUGAAGAUCUGACGGUUAAGGUGAGUGAUCGCGGAGGAGGCGUGCCGCUGCGCAAGAUCGACAGGUUGUUUACCUACACGUACUCCACAGCUCCUCGACCCAGCAUGGACGGGGCCCGCGCUGCUCCUCUGGCUGGUUACGGGUAUGGACUGCCCAUCUCCCGACUCUACGCCCGCUACUUUCAAGGGGACCUGAAGCUGUACUCUCUGGAGGGUUAUGGAACUGAUGCUGUUAUCUACAUUCGGGCCCUCUCCACAGAGUCCAUCGAGAGGCUCCCCGUGUACAACAAGUCGGUGUGGAAACACUACAAGACGAUCCACGAGGCCGACGACUGGUGCAUCCCCAGCAAAGAGCCAAAGGACAUGACGACGUUUCGCAGCUUCUAGAUCCAAAUGGCUGCGUUCCCGUGGCAAUGAGUGCAAGAGAGGUAGUUGUGUGUGUGUGUGUGUGUGUGUGUGCGUGUGUGUAUGUGAGAGUGUGUGCGUGUGUGUGCGUGCGUGUGAUGGCAUUUAAUCGGUCCAGAUUUCUUUGUACAGAAAGUUAUCAAAUAACAGAACAAAGAUUUUGUGCCAUUUUCUUCAUAGAGGUCAACAGUUUUGUUAUGAUGACGAUUUCAGAGCUCAGCAGCCCUCAAUUAAAAAACAUUUUUCCUUCUAACUCCUACUGGUACUAUUAAAGGUGCUAAAUUGGAUAUCCAGAGCAUCAGUGUAGAAGCUUUACAUAGCAACUAUUGUCUAUGUAAAGAUAUAGAGGAGUAAUGUCUACCUGAGCAGAGAAUGUAGUCGCUUUCCCUGAUAAUCCUGAUAACAUAUUGGCCAUGUAACAUGACCUACACUUUUUCAUUAAGGAUGGUUAUUAACCCAUUUGUGCCCGUGACUGAAAUGUUCUCUGAGCUUGCCUGAGCACAAAUGUGAAGACAUUUUCAAAAUCGGUCAAACCAUUUGGCUGAAAGUGAGUUUUUCUUAUCAUAAUAUAUCCAGUGUUUGGGCACAUGGGACUACUGUUUUUGCAAUAGACUUGAUUAUAUUUUAGGAAAAGACAGUUGUACCAACAAGGAGUACAAGUAUUUGGUAUCUCUGAAUUCAUAACAAGUUCAAUAUCAGAAAUAUUUCAUAUGGAAACAUUAAAUAAACACAAUGUUAGCAUUUUUCCUAAUUCUUCAAAAAAAUUCGGACUUUGACUAAUAAUAAAACUGUGAUUUUUCAUGCGAUCUAAAAACUUCAAAGUUUUACUGUUAGAUACUUGCCCACAGCAUGUCUGUACCAUAUUUCAAGAGUUUUGACCAACCGGAACAAAUGUUGUGGCAUUUUUCCUGAUCAUACUAAAUAUAGUCUUUGGGCACAAAUGGGUUAAAUAAUUGUGACGAUGUCUGAGCUGACGUAUCUGGUGGACAAACUAUGUAUUUCUGUCCUGUUAUUUAUUAUUUAUCAACCAUAUAUAUCAACAAUAUAUCUGUGAUAAACUAAAAUCAGGCGAUGAAAUGUCAUUUUUUGAUGCUUUGAGAAGAACAAACUAAAUCCCAUCAACUCAAAACCCUCAGCAACAGAAACUAUCCAUGAACUGUGUUUGUAUUGUUCGUUUUGAAGCUCUGCUGGUUUACAACUUUCCGUUAAAUGCUUAGCUGCUUUUAUUUUGCUGAAAGUUGAUCUUGAUCUUGAACUGUUACAGUUCGUCUGUGUCAUGCAGAGUUUGUUCAGCUCUGCUCGUCUCUUCUGCUCCGCGUGAAGUUUGUCAGAAAAGGAAAACGUGUUACACAAUUAGUCGCUGCUUGUUUUUAAAUAUGUCUUAUUGGUUAAUAUGUCUUCAAUAAGGGCAUUUCUUCUUCGGUUGGGUGAUAUAUACAAGCAACGUGGUCAAAAACAGACUGAUUUGCCGUCUGUAAAGGGGAAUUUAGCACUUAUUUUUACUUUAUGUAUUAUAAGGAAACUGAAUAAUUGAUAUUCAACAUAUGUUUUCUUGGGUUUUCAACAUAUUUAGUUUUCUUCUUAAGUUCUCAGUUACUUUGCAAUUAAGGUGCGUAUCUUUUCUCAAGAGUUGCAUCACAUACGGUAUAAGAGCAAGAUAUUAUUUGGGUUGUUGUGGUUGUAUUAUUAAGACUCAUCCUGUCAAAUAAGCUAUAAUCCAUGUUACACUGAAGCAGCUCUUCUGUAUUCAUCUUGUUCAGUGAAAAAUAAAUAUUUCAGACAGACA